UAUACAUCCAUUGACAGAAUAUUACUAAACUGUGAUAACAAGCAAUAUCCAUCGAGAACUUAUCAACGUGGAAACUAUUGGGUGUUAGAGAAUUAUGUGAGAGCAACUCAUGGGAAUAUCAAUUGCUAUGAAUCAAUUACUUACACGACCCACGGAGAUUUCACCUUCCUCGAUAAUGCCAUACCGCUUGUCAAAAGGUGGAAAGCACCAGUUGGUAUGUCGCUUUUUGCACCUGGGACCGACUUCAAACCCACAAUUGACUCAAUACGCUACCUAAGAGAUUGCACGGGAGAAGAUGGGGAACUACUUAAGAAGUUCAUGACCUUUCACAUAUUCUUUCACGCGGACCAUAUUCCACUGACCGUGCCGAGUGCAGAAUCUCUUCUUCAGGAAGCUUUUGAGUGUCCUGAAAGUCCUCCAUAUGAAAGUUUCAAGCACGAAAAGAUGUUCAAGACACUUAAACACCUCACCUAUCCAAUAAAUGUGGGAAGAAAUGUUGCCAGGGAUGCUGCUAUCACUCAUUUUGUAUUCCCAAGUGAUAUUGAAUUGUAUCCUAGCCUCAAUGUGGUACCUAAGUUCCUUGAGAUGAUCGCCCGCAAUGAGGCUCCAUUGCUGAAUAAGAAGCCCAGGGUUUUUCCCUUGCCUGUGUUCGAAGUGAAAGAGACAGCUAGGGUUCCGGACAACAAAACAGAAUUGUUGAGAAUGCUGAAGACAGAGGAUGCAAUCCUCUUCCACAAAAAAAUCUGCCCGAACUGCCAUGCUGUCCCUGGCAGGGAACGAUGGGAAAGUACACCGGAAGGGUCAAGGAUGGAGGUGUUUGCUGUGGGUAAACGAGAAGGUAGCUUUGAGCACUGGGAACCUAUUUUCAUAGGAACGAAUCGCGAACCGUACUACGAAGAACGCCUCAACUGGGAGGGUAAGAGGGACAAAAUGACCCAAGGCUAUCAACUCUGUGUCAAGGACUACGAAUUUCAUAUUCUCAGUGAUGCUUUCCUAGUUCAUCGUCCAGGAAUAAAGCUUAUGCAGGCUGCUAGAAGAUUGGAGCAUGAGACCGUAACAAAUAAUCUGAUUGAUAAGAAAAUCUCCCGCGAACUUCACAUUCUCUUUGGCACCAAGAAUGGUUGUACUAUAUAGUUGAUGAAGCAAUAAAUUUUCCAAGUCACCCCACCACUCUGGA